AUGAGCCACACAAUUGAGCAGACAACUGACUUCCUACUUGGCCUUGGCCUUACGACACCCCAACGCAAUGUGAUCCUGGAGGAGGUCUCGAAAGAGAACAGCAAAGUGGUAGACGCUGUGGUCUCCCAGCUGUUUCCGGACCAGGUUGACUUUCCUGGUGCUGAGGCUUACACACAGUCGAUCAAAGGGAAUUGGUCAUACCUUGCCCGCAGAGAAGCUUCGGCUGUCUUUCAUCCAACCUCUCCCGGUCACGUGGCUCUAAUUCUCAAAGCACUUGAGUUUUUCGGGGAAAAGUUUGCGAUACGGGGAGGAGGACACUCUCCAAACCCAGGCUGGGCGGGAAUCCAGGGUGGCCUGCUCAUCAGCACUGACCGCCUGAACAAGCUCGAGCUGGAUGGGGACUCGGGCGUAGUGAGUGUUGGCGCCGGCAACCGCUGGCGGGACGUGUACAAGUACCUCGAUGAAUUCAAACUCAUCACUACUGGGGGCCACUCGGCCCCAGUGGGAUGUGUAGGCCAGAUUACAGGAUGCGGAAACUCCCCCUGGUUUCACAAAUACGGGUGGUCUAGCGAGAACGUGGUCAACUUCGAAAUUGUCACUAGCGGAGGGAAUAUUCUCAACUGUAACAAAGACGACAAUGCUGACCUGUGGUGGGCUCUCAAGGGAGGUUCUAACAAUUUUGGCAUUGUCACACGCUUGGACAUGAAGACAUUUCCCUGCCCUAAUGGUGUCUGGGGAGGCUAUAUCUACUGGCAGCAUACUCCAGAGUUACAGCGCAACACGGUCGCGGCGUAUUACGACUUUGCGAUGCAGCGCAUCGGCGUCGAUCCCGGCGUGGAGACGCUCGCAGGAUGGAGAGUCUUCGAUGGCCACAAGUGCAUCCAAUGUGUCCUAUCGGCUGAUCGCAAUGUUCCUGGAGGCGGUCACCCUGAAGCGUUCGAUGGCUUCUAUGACCUAAGCCCUGACGGACAGGCCGGAAAUUGCAAGCCCAGUGAGCUUGCUGCUCAUGAUGUUAUCGACGAAGGAAACGAGGACCCGUCCAUCUAUUUCUCGGAAAACACUCGAUCGAGUAUGCUCAAUAUCACGGUUAAGACAGACCUAUUGUACCUACAGGAGGCUGCCGAGAUUUUCUUUGAGACUUACGCAGAGUCGAGCCAGACCAAAGGGGCCAUCGCAUGUUUGAAUCUUUCUCCGAUUGCGGCGCGAACCAUCCGAAUGUCAAAUAAGAGGGGAGGCACGGCUCCUGGGUGGGACGAGGAGGAUCAAACGAUUGUGUUUCUCGACAAUGCUUGGAUACGGGGCGAAGAUGAUGACUACAUGCUGAGUACAGGGAACCGGUGCAUCGAGCGUCUGCGCGCUGCUGCCCAGAAGCGUGGUGUUCUCAAGCCACAGAUUUGGAUGAACAAUGCUGGCCCUGAUGACGAUGUCAUCGGCAGCUACUCUCCAGACAACCUGAAGCGACUUCGGGAGAUUGCUGCUAAGCACGACCCCAAUCAGACUUUCCAAGUUCUGUGCAGCGGAGGCUACAAGCUCGGUCAGAAGUAA